AUGUCAUCGGCACGGACGCAUAACGGCGUCUCUACUUCACUGGACAGCAUUGCGAUUCAGCCACGUACGCCCAGGACCCCGAGACCUCAUCGGGAAUGGCCCAACGGUGACAGUCCCGCUGCGAGCAGUAUGGACGAGGUAGAACUUUCUCUGUUGAACGAAGAUGAGCGUGCGCGAGCAGCGAGGGAGGAUGGGUUUGGAGAUCUUGGGGAUGAGAAGCCCAAGGCGGGGACGAUUUCGAUGGAGGAUAAGAAGGCUAUGGCGCUUUUAUCUAUUCUUUAUCUCAUCCAGGGAGUUCCAAUAGGACUUGCAUUAGGAUCCGUGCCAUUCCUUCUCCGAGAACAUCUCUCAUAUUCGCAACUGGCGGUCUUCGCUCUAUCAAGUUACCCUUACUCCCUCAAGCUUCUGUGGUCACCUAUUGUAGACUCAAUAUUCUUGCCAUCUGUUGGUCGUCGGAAGUCAUGGAUCAUCCCCAUGCAACUAAUAAUCGGUUCUCUGAUGCUAUGGAUAUCUUAUAAUGUCCCGACUCUCAUGGAUAAUCCGGGCGAACAUGUCAACACACUCACAUUCGUUUUCACAUCUCUGGUGAUGAUAGCAGCCACUCAAGAUAUCGCAGUCGAUGGAUGGGCUCUCACUCUCCUUUCUGAGGAAAACCUCUCAUACGCAUCUACAUGCCAGACUAUCGGUCUUAACACAGGCUAUUUUGCCUCCUUCACCGUCUUUCUUGCCCUCAACAGCGAAGCCUUCAGUCAAAAGUGGGGAAUACCUCAACUACAACUCGGAACAUAUCUGCGCUUCUGGAGUGUAGUCUGCUUCUGCGUUACUGUCUGGCUGACUUUCUUCCAGACGGAGCGCAAGGAGCCCUCGACAGAUGAAGACAUGAGUAUUGGCAGCGUCUACAAAACCAUCUGGAACAUCUGCAAACUAAAACACGUCCAAACCGUUCUCCUCGUCCACCUCAGUGCCAAGAUCGGCUUCGCCGCCAACGAAGCCGUCACCUCCCUCAAGUUUGUGGAAAAAGGCCUGGGCAAAGAGGACCUCGCUGUCGCUGUGCUCAUCGACUUCCCAUUCCAAAUCGCCGGAGGUUGGCUCGCCGCGAGGUGGUCUCGAGGGGACAAACCGCUCCGGCCUUGGUUGUGGGCGUUUUGGCCCAGGCUCGGGUUCGCGAUCUUGUCGACUCUGAUCGUGUAUUGGUUCCCUACACCGCCGAUUUCGAAUGGGUUCUUCAUAUUUUUGAUUCUGCAUACCGUCCUGCAGUCAUUCUCUUCAACGAUACAGUUCGUUGGAAUGUCCUCUUUCCAUACUCGUAUCUCGGAUCCGGUAAUCGGAGGAACAUAUAUGACACUUCUCAAUACCUUCACUAAUCUCGGGGGAACCUGGCCCAAAUUCUUCGUCCUCAAAGGCGUCGAUUUCUUCACUAUUGCCAAGUGCGAAGUUGAGGAGAAGGGCAGUUCCCUGACUGUUUCGGCCGCCGAAUGCGUCUCCGAACAGGGCAAAGCGCACUGUGCAGAUAUAGGUGGCGAGUGCGUCACCGAGCGUGAUGGCUACUACAUCGUCUCUACUUUGUGCAUCACCACUGGAGUGAUCUUCUUUUUUGCAUUCAUCAUACCACAAGCGAGGAAAUUGCAAGCUCUACCAAUCAGCAAGUGGCGGAUAUUUGGAUAG